ACUGAUAAUUCAAAAUGAAAGAUAUCAACACAAAAUCUCUGAAGCAGGAGCUAAACAGCAUCCAAGGGGCCCACCAGCAUAUUAUAAAAUUUGUAGAUGAUACCAUCGAGAGCAUUGAGCAAGCCAAGUCCUGGCCACAGUCAGCCACAGCCCUCAACGCGCGCAACUUGAAGCUGAGCAAAGAUCAUCAGGAAGCACAGCUGGAAGAACAAGCGCUCCAAAUGCGCAUAGAUUCAUUGGGUAAGGAAAGAAAUGUGGAGGACGCCUUCGCCUGCAUAGUGAAGAACCUCCAUAACCUUGGCUGCACCUUAAUGCCCAUACGAGACGCGGACUGCAAGACUCUCUAUAUGUUCGAUUUUGGCGGCAAUCGAUCUGUGACAGUUCAGUGCAAUGGCGGUCAUAUCAACCUAAUUGACAUGAGUCCUCGUCGAAAGAACUUUACCGAGAUAAAAAUGUUUCUCAACCAAAGCCAGGACCUGAUGGGCCUGAUCACCACCUUGGGGAUGGACGACCAGUAGAAAAGUUUGUGGUAGUGCGGUUAAUUUCGAAUUGUUUAUAAAUACAUAUGUAAAAUAUA